CGGGCCGCGGGCGGCGGCCAGGGCGCGGCGGCGGCGGCGGCGGCGGCCAGGGCGCGGCGGCCGAGAAGAUGGCGGACGGCGACAGCGGCAGCGAGCGCGGCGGCGGCGGCAGCGGCGGCGGCGGCGGGCCCGGCGGCUUCCAGCCCGCGUCCCGCGGCGGCGGCGAGCAGGAGACGCAGGAGCUGGCGUCCAAGCGGCUGGACAUCCAGAACAAGCGCUUCUACCUGGACGUGAAGCAGAACGCCAAGGGCCGCUUCCUCAAGAUCGCCGAGGUGGGCGCGGGCGGCUCCAAGAGCCGCCUCACGCUGUCCAUGGCCGUGGCCGCCGAGUUCCGCGACUACCUGGGCGACUUCAUCGAGCACUACGCGCAGCUGGGCCCCAGCAGCCCCGAGCAGGUGGCGGCGGCGGCGGCGGCCGAGGAGGGCGGCGGGCCGCGGCGCGCGCUCAAGAGCGAGUUCCUGGUGCGCGAGAACCGCAAGUACUACCUGGACCUCAAGGAGAACCAGCGCGGCCGCUUCCUGCGCAUCCGCCAGACCGUGACGCGCGGCGGCGGCCCGGCGCCCGGCGGCCUGCAGAGCGGCCAGACGAUCGCGCUGCCCGCGCAGGGCCUCAUCGAGUUCCGCGACGCGCUGGCCAAGCUCAUCGACGACUACGGCGGCGACGACGACGAGCUGGCGGGCGGCGCGGGCGGCGGCGCGGGCGGCCCCGGCGGCGGCCAGUACGGGGAGCUCCCGGAGGGCACCUCCAUCACGGUGGACUCGAAGCGCUUCUUCUUCGACGUGGGCUGCAACAAGUACGGCGUGUUCCUGCGCGUGAGCGAGGUGAAGCCGUCCUACCGCAACGCCAUCACCGUCCCCUUCAAGGCCUGGGGCAAGUUCGGCGGCGCCUUCUGCCGGUAUGCGGAUGAGAUGAAGGAGAUCCAGGAGCGCCAGAGGGAUAAGCUUUACGAGCGACGCGGCGGGGGCAGCGGCGGCGGGGACGAGUCCGAGGGCGAGGAGGUGGACGAGGAUUGAAACGCGCAGCAUCCCCUACGGGCCUCCAACCCCACUCCCGCCCCCCUCAUCUGAAGAGCUCUCUUUCCUUCUCAUCCCCAGUGAGCUAGUGGGGGAGCUAGGGAGGCCCCCAGGAAGAAAACAGCAUUUAAAAUAAUGUAGUCCAUUAAGAGAAAUAACCAUAAGAGAACAGUCACGGGCAAUUAGAGAAAAAAAAAAAAGCAGUAAAGUUACAAGGAGCUGACAGCAACCUGCAAGAACAGCGUCUCCUCACCUGAGCAAACUAGGCCCAGCUUCUGUGGUUUCCCAGCCGAGGUCCCUAAACCCCUCAGGAUAGCCCUGGUGGGGGAUAGGUCCUUCCACAUCGUGGGCCAAGGAACACUUCUGAGCUACCCAGACCUCGUGGUAACAGCUGUGAACUUGUGUUGUACUUGGGAACCUAGAGAUCUCUCCAGACCUUCUAUUGCAGUGUCUGUUCCUCCACCUCCAUUGAAAUCAGCAUUUUGGAUUUAGAUCUUCAUGGAAUUCUUGAGAAGAGAGAGACCUUUGCAGUUACCCAGUUCUGAGGGUACAGGCCUAAUGAAAAGGAAUGCAACUUUAAUCAUGGACAGAACAAAAUACGAAUUCAAAAAGUCACCAGGGAAUACAGAAACAAAUUGGAUCCAUUUUGUUUAAGAUGGUUUUGCACCACAUCUGGACCAAGGCCAAUGUCUUUGCAGAAUUGUCUUCCAGGAUGCAAAUGGAUUCAGCUGUCAAACCUUGAAUUAGAAUUGGUUGCUAAAAUAUUUUAAAAGUUGGCAAAAAAAAAAAAAAAUGAAGAUGAAAGAGCAGUUUUCCAUCGGGGUUGCUGAGAUAUGCACAAGAAAAAAUCGGGCAUAAAGCACAAGGAAAAAAACUGAGUGGAUUGGUUGCUGCUCACUGAAGUUCCCCUGAUCUCAAACAUGGAGGUCAUUACCAAGAAAUGGCUUAGGUGUAUGAAUGAGAGCCAGAUCCCUGUGGCUCCACUAGGUGAACCAGUGCAUUAAGGCUAAUUCAGCUGUUUUGGCCACUGGUUGUCGGGAUUUUAAGCCACAAAACUUGAGAAAGGAACAGUGUGGCCACAAGCCUGAGCUUUAAUGGAAUAUACAUCUAACAGAAAAGUUGGAAAUAACGAAAACUGAAGUCUUCCUCUACCUUCAGUUUAAUCUGUGGAUUUGUUCAAAUACUAAAGAUCCUCAGGUCCAGAAUUCCAGCAUCAUUUAUUCUUUUGAAAUAAAAAUUUUAAAACUUGAUCCAUUGUAUCAGUACCUCACAAUCAAAGUUGGCAAAAGAUGGAUGUGUGUCUAACAAGCAGUGUGCCCUUUGGAAGCUGAAAUCCAUCGAACGGAGCCGAAGUGAGCGUGAAUAUGUGACUAUAUCCUGGAAGCAUUUUUAUACCAUCUUGAAAUUUCAACAAAACUGGCUUUUGCCAGUGUAUCCAGCUGUCUUUCAAGAAUAAAAGUUGGGGUUUUCAA